CGUGUGCAGCAGCAUACUGUAUCCUGUGUUUAUCUCGGAUAAUUCAUUCGAUCGACGAAGAAGAAAGCAAAACAUACGGAUUACGGAAGCGGCUCAACUGUAUUCUUUUACACAGCAUCCUUUUAAGGGCAUUUUCCUAACAUCACAGCACCAUGCCUGACCCCUGGCAGGAUGCCAUGGACCAUGCCGUGGCUUUGGCCAGGAAAGCAGGAUCUAUGGUGAGGGAUGCAGUACAGAAUGAAAUGACCAUUACUUGCAAGAGCUCCUCUGUGGAUUUAGUGACAAAGACAGACCAGAAGGUGGAGAAGCUCAUCAUUGAAUCUGUGAAAGAGAAGUUUCCCAAGCACAGUUUCAUAGGUGAAGAAUCUGUGGCUGCUGGUGAGCCUUGUGUCCUGACUGACGACCCAACCUGGAUAGUCGACCCCGUGGAUGGGACCACUAACUUUGUCCAUGGAUAUCCAUUUGUCGCUAUUUCUAUUGGCUUUGCAGUCAACAGAAAGAUGGAGUUUGGUGUAGUCUACAGCUGCAUAGAAGAUAAGAUGUACACAGCAAGAAAGGGAAAGGGAGCCUUCUGUAAUGGACGGACGCUUCAAGUGUCAGACCAGAAGGAGAUCAGCCAAUCCAUUAUCGCCACGGAGUUUGGAUCAAACAGAGAUGCGGAGGUUGUAGAUAAGAUCUUCUCAAGCAUGAGAAAGAUCCUGUGUCUACCGAUCCAUGGGAUGCGAGGAGUGGGUACGGCUGCCACUAACAUGUGCCUGGUGGCGUCUGGCUGUGUGGAAGCCUACUAUGAGAUAGGGAUCCACUGCUGGGACAUUGCUGCCGGGGCUGUCAUAGUCACGGAGGCUGGAGGAGUCCUCAUGGAUGUAGAAGGUGGGCCUUUGGACCUCAUGUCUAGAAGAAUAAUAGCUGCCAACAACAGGACUAUUGCGGAAAGGAUUGUCAAAGAAAUUGAUGCAUUCACCCCUUUGCGAGAUGAUGCACCUAUUGAACCAAAAUAGUUAGUUAUCUAAUAAAUUUGGUUAAUUUUGUAUAGUAUAAAAUUAUGCAUAUUAAUGUCCUAAAAUUAGUCUUGUCACAUUUCUGUUUUUAAAUGUAUUUUGUUUUAAGUGACAUUGAAAAAAAACUUUUUAUAGAC